AUGAUGAUGAUUGGAAAUAAAUACCGGGCAAAACGAGGAAUGUCGCUGGACUCAGGUUUGCCGAGGCAGCAACCAUGGGGUAGCCUGACCGUAAAUAAAGGGUGGUUCAAUAAACAUGAUGAGAAGGAAGUUAGCAAAGGAAAUGGCAAGAAUGAGACUACCAGGACAACAAUUCUGUUUGCCAUGAAAAAUGAAGUUGGUGGACUUGUGAAAGCCCUUCAAAUCUUUCAGGACAAACACAUCAACCUAGUUCAUAUAGAGUCCAGGAAAUCAAAGAGGAGAGCUUCGGAGGUUGAGAUAUUUGUGGACUGCAGCAGCACAAAAGAAGAUUUUAAUGAACUGAUUCAGUUAUUAAGAGUCACCACAAACGUUAUUUCUCUGAAUCCACUGGCCAACACCUGGACAGAGGAAGAAGAAUUGGAUGACAUCCCUUGGUUUCCAAGAAAGAUUUCUGAACUAGAUAAAACUUCCCAAAGAGUCCUGAUGUAUGGAUCAGAUCUUGAUGCAGAUCACCCAGGCUUUAAAGAUGAUGUGUACAGAAGUCGAAGAAAAUACUUUGUGGAUGUUGCUAUGAAUUACAAAAUUGGCCAACCCAUUCCCAGAGUGGAGUACACAGAGGAAGAAAUUAAGACUUGGGGAACAGUGUUCCGAGAGCUCACAAAACUUUAUCCAACUCACGCAUGCCGAGAAUAUCUUAAAAACUUUCCUCUUCUGACAAAGCACUGCGGCUACAGAGAGGACAAUAUCCCCCAACUGGAAGACGUCUCAGUAUUUUUGAAAGAACGAUCAGGCUUUGUGGUCCGACCUGUAGCUGGUUAUUUGUCCCCAAGGGAUUUUUUAGCUGGCUUGGCUUUUCGAGUUUUCCAUUGCACUCAGUACGUGCGUCACAGUUCGGAUCCCUUUUACACACCAGAACCUGAUACAUGUCAUGAGCUGCUUGGACAUGUGCCUCUUCUGGCAGAACCAAGUUUUGCAGAGUUUUCUCAGGAGCUUGGUCUCGUUUCUCUCGCUGCGACAGAUGAAGAUGUUCACAAGUUAGCCACUUGCUACUUCUUCACAGUGGAGUUUGGGCUUUGUAAGCAAGAUGGACAACUGCGCGCUUACGGUGCGGGACUUCUGUCUUCGAUCGGAGAACUAAAGCAUGCACUGUCAGACAAAGCAAUUGUGAAACCCUUUGAUCCAAAGACAACCUGCACACAGGAAUGCCUCAUCACCACCUUCCAGGAAGCUUAUUUUUUGUCAGAAAGUUUUGAGGAGGCCAAAAACAAAAUGAGGGAAUUUUCCAAAUCAGUCAAACGCCCGUAUUCUAUACUCUACAACCCUUACACCCAAAGUGUUGAAAUCCUCAAGGAUAUCAAAAGCAUUGAAAAAGUUGUUCAAGACAUCCAGAAUAAACUUGGCACAGUGUGUGAUGCUUUAUCCAAAAUGGGCAAACAGUCCGGAAUUUGAUUAUCUGCACAUAGAUCUAAUGCUGAUAUUGAUGUACAAGCUGCCUGGAGAAAUGCCACUAUGGCGUAAUCUGCUCUCUAAUUAAUAACUUACUUGGAUGUUUCAGUAAAGCUUAUGCUGCUCUUGGGUGUGCUCCACAGCCUUCAGACACAAAGAAUAUGGUGGAAAACCCAGGCAAUUCUGCAUGAACUUGACAGUGAAAUGCACAAAAUAAGAGACCAAUAUCACUGUUCCUAGAAUGACUUCAAUAUCAAUGGCUGUCUCAAGUUGGACCUGAUUUCAUUUGAAAGGGAAAGUUACAAAUCCAUUGACCUAAUGAUUUCCCUUUGAAAACUAGCAGAAUUAACAACUGACCAAUGGUAAUUUUUAGAAUGAUGUCAGGAAUAACUGAUGAUCUCAAACUUGUGAGAUAAGUAGACUUUUGUAUUUGUUUUUAAAUCACUGUAAUAUAAAGGAUGUCCCUCUCUGAACUUAUUCUGGUAAUUGAACUCCUACAAUUGUAAAAUAACACACCAUAGGGUGAGUUUAUGAUCAAAUCUUUCUUAGGUUGUUGCUAUUUCUUAAAUAUGAAUUAUUUUCAAAUAAACAUUGUCCUAUUUCAUUGAAUCCACACGGUGGGCUGAACAGCCUGCUUCCACACUAAGUCCACGCUGACUUUCCAAAAAGCAUCAACUUUAUCCCUGUAACUCUGCAUUUCCCAUAGCACAUCCACCUAGCCACCACAUCCCUGGCUACAACAGGCAAUUUAGCAUGACCAAUCAACCUAACCUGCACAUCUUUGGGCUGCGGGAAGAUACCAGAGCACGAGGAGGAAACCCACGCAGACAUGGGGAGAAUGUGCAAACUCCACAUGGGCUGGAACCAAGUCUGGAUCCCUGACACUGUGAGGCAGCAGUACUAAACAUUGAGCCACCAUAUCACCCCAAAUUAUGUCUUAACUGCUCCUCAGUACAUACACAGAUUGAGGGUGGCACUCUAGAAUUGUAUUUCCUAAUGUCACGGAUGUGAAACUUUCCUCCAUGAUGGCAAUAAUUUUGAUGUACAAAGGAAACUACUACAGCUUCUGGAGAUCAGAAAUGGAAAAUGCUGGAUACACUUAGUUGAUUUAGCACCAUUUGGAGAGAGAAGCUUUCUACUUUUUCUAACCACAUGCUGUGUAUUUCCAGUAUUUUUUCAUUUAUUUUGGAUUUCUAGGAUCCGCAUUGUUUUUCCUUUGCACUUUGAUAUUUUCCUGUGAUAACUAACUUCCCCUUGUUCUACCUGGUUAGUUUACAUUACUCCAAACAUUGGUUCAAAGAGGCAACCAAAUCUGAAUGAUGGUUGAGAAUGAACACUCAAAAUCAAGCCCACAGAACAACUAUUUAGUGCAACAUAAGCUAUGAUGCAAUUGACUUAUCAAACAAUAGGAUGCAAUUGAACCGAGCACUCUUCGUCAUUGGCUGAUCAAUUCGUAGUCAUCACAGUUCCAUAGGCCUGAGGGCUGCUUUCUCAUCAAAGAAAGAAAAGACAAUGAUAGUAAGUUUAACCUGAUGGUUGCCUAACGUCAGGUGAGGGGUGGGAUUGAAAAGACUGAACCUUUGUGAUGACCUCUGAUGGUGUGGGAAUUGAACCUCAGCUGUUGAUAUCACUGAGCAUUUCAAAACAGCUAUCCAAGCUAACCAACAAAAUCUGACCAAUCUUGAAACAAUGGCACGAAUCCAUGGGCCAUAAAUAAUGAGUCCUACACUACAAAACCAAAAGGCUCUCAUAAGACCUGGCCUCAAAAUGUACAAAACAUAUGAUUGAUUGAUUGAUUGAUUCAAAAGUGCAGAAUUGUAAUGACAUGGGUUCUCUAUUCCAUAUGCUUUUUUCUGGUCACUUAUCUGUGUUUCAGCAACUUUCAUUCUGAACACUGUCUGCUUUAAACUGCUUAAUUGUGACAGGAGCUCAAGUAAUCACACCACUGACAGAUUGUUCCUUUGUCUUUUACCAAUUUAAAAAAAAAACAGCUAUUUCUCAAUGUGUUAACAUCAGAAUUAUAACCGCUGUUCAGAAAAAAAAUUAAAAAAAGGAUAAUAUUAUCCAACCUA